AUGGUGAAUACAGUUCCUAAUGAAACCACGUGGAAUGCCUCCUCCGCCGCUCCUCCGCCAUGCACCGCCGCCUCCACCAGCCCCCCCUCCCCCCCUCCGACUCCCCCGCCUCCUCUGACGACGCCGCCGCCAAGCGCGGCAGCUACAACUGCGGCCGCCCCAAGAAGGGCCACUCCUGCCACGCCGGCUCCUCCCCUUCCCCCGCCUCCGACUCCUCCUCCUCCUCCGCUGCCGUCGCCGCCGCCGCGGCCUCCUCCAUGCCCGUCAACGCCGCCGCUGCCGCCUCCUCCGCCGCCGCCGCCCCUCCUGCCGCGCCACCUGAUCUUGCACCUCCGCCGAGCGCUCUCCUUCGACGACCUCGACGUCCGUGCCGACAAGGAGGAGGAGGACUUCGACGAGGUGGAGCCGGAUCUCGACGAGCGGGAUCGGGAUUUCGUGGACGGGGAUGCGGACGCCGGCGGGUUGCCCGCCAGGUGCUUGUGGGAGGUCCUGAGGAGGUUGCCGCCGGCAGAGCUGCUCGCGGUGGCACGGGUGUACAAGGGGUGGCGGGAGACCUCGAGGAGGGUGUGGUGGGCCGCCGAGGAUUUGAAGCUCAGGGUUCCCUCGAGAGCUCGGCUCUGUUUCGUCGGAUCGGUGUUGAACAAGUGCCCUGAGCUCGUUAGGCUAUCUCUGUGGAUGGAAAGUGAUGUAGAUGCGACGAUGCUGGCUUGCAUUGCGUUCUCAUACCCUAAUCUGGAGUCUGUGGAGAUCUCAACAUCCUCUAAUGCUGUCAACCGGAUUACAGGGUCUUGAGCUUAAUCCAGCUAAGACAGAGCUCUAUACUUCUGGUAUUCAGAAGACUUAAUGCAGGGGAUGGUGGAAUUUCUCGUUCCCCAGUUGGUGAGCUUCCUGUGAGAUAUCUGGGAGUCCCUCAUGACUGCAAAUCUUUGAUUGAUAAAGUCACUAUUAAUUUGCAUUAUAUGGACCACUUGAAAGCUCUCUUAUGCUGCAAGACUCCAGUUGAUUAGUUCCGUUAUACAGAGCAUUGUCCACUGCUGGUGAAAUGUAUUCCUACUCACCAAAAAGUUCAUUAACUUGAUUGGCCAGAAAAUCUUAGUUUUAUCCUCUUCUUUUUUGGUAAUGGCUCUCGUGCUAAAGGGGCCAAAGUAAGUUUGGAUACUAUUAGCUUGCCUAAAAAAGAGGGUGAAAUUGGAUUCAAAAGGAUUGAGUGGUCGAAUAAGGCUUGUGUUAUGAGAUGUAUAAGGUUGUAUUUUCACAGGCAGGAUCCAGUUGGGUUGCUUGGUUGGUUGCUUAUAGGCUAUAGGUAGGUCCUUUUGGACUCUUCCGAUCUAAGCUAAAUUCCUCGUUCAUUUGGAGGAAGUUUUUGAAGCUUAGAAAUGAUGUCAGGCCUUGUAUCAAGCAUGUCCCCUUGGCUCUCUGGUCAAUCAUUUCACUAGUAGAAUUAUCUAUUGUUGUGAAAAUAUGGGACAAGCGAA